AUGGCCACCAAUGAAUCUGCCGAAGUGGCAGCAAUCGUGACGCCCACCAACAAUGGUUCCAUUACCCCAGAGACCGCCCCAACAUCUGUGGAACAACCGAGCACACCAGCUGCUGCUAAUCUCGAUCUCCCGACCUCUGCCGCCGAUGGUCUCAUCCAGAAGCCAUUCGGCAAGCCGCUCGAGUCCAGCAAGCCCCAGCCUCCCGCAAAGCUGACUGCGGACCAGCAGACGAAGUACGAUACCUUCCUCAAGACAGUAUCUUCCUGGACCACUAUUCCCAACACGGCCGCAAAGGAUGCCUCAUCCGCUCCAAUUACCGACGAUGAGCGGAUGUGGUUGACUCGUGAAUGUCUGCUGCGUUACUUGCGCGCUACCAAAUGGAAUGUUGCGGAAGCUGAGACUCGGAUCAAGGCUACCCUUACCUGGCGCCGAGAAUACGGCAUGGAGAAAUUGACUCCGGACUAUAUCUCCAUUGAGAAUGAGACUGGCAAGCAGGUGCUCCUGGGUUAUGAUAUUCACGGCCGGCCGUGUCUUUAUCUGUUGCCCUCCAACCAAAACACCGAGAAGAGCGAGCGCCAAGUCCAGCACUUGGUUUUCAUGCUUGAGCGUGUGAUUGAUCUCAUGGGACCGGACCAGGAGACCCUGGCCCUGCUUGUCAACUUUAGCGACACUAAGUCCGGACAGAGUGCCAGUGUUGGCCAGGCGAGAGAAACCCUCAGCAUUCUCCAGAAUCACUACCCUGAGCGUCUAGGCCGUGCGCUCGUGAUCAAUGUUCCUUUCUUGAUCUGGGGUUUCUUCAAAGUGAUCACACCUUUUAUCGACCCAUUGACUCGUGAAAAGCUCAAGUUCAACGAGGAUCUGCGACAGCAUGUUCCUCCCGGUCAACUGUUGAAGUCUGUUGGAGGUGAUGUUGAGUUCAAAUAUGAUCAUGCGACCUACUGGCCCACCUUGAACAAGCUAGCUGAUCAGCGCCGUGAGGCUUACCGCGAACGGUGGAUCCAGGGUGGCAAGCAGGUUGGUGAGAUCGAGAACUACCUGAAGGGCGAGAACAUACCCUCUGCCUCUCAGGCUACCAACGGACAGGCAGAGUGA